UAAUUACUGUUACAAAAUAAGCUGUUAAUGUAUUUGUUUUACCUGAAGAGGGUAAAACAUGGAUUUUACCUGCCCUAAAACGAAAUAAUUUUUUUAAUAAAUGAAGUAUCAAUUAUUUUAUUCCUUAUAGGAACUUAGUGCAAAUUAAUAAACUGCUUUGAAUGUAAAUUUUCGUGUUUUCAUAUUUUCGAGAGGAUUAUGUAGAUGUUAGCGUUUUGAUUAAUUUUUAUUUUUAAAAUGUGACUGCAAAAAGUAAACUAGUUUUCAAAAGAAAUUUCAUACGCUAGCUGUGCUAUACGAAGUCAUCGAGUAGAGAAGAUUACUGAAUGUUGUUUUUGUUACAUAAAGCAUGGCAGUGAAGUUAUUUUCAAGGGCGCUUUUACUUUCUCCAAAAAAAGAAAUCUAUUUGAUUCCUUGAUGAUAAAGUAUCAGAAACUUUAUGAAUGAAAACUAUUAAAAUGUCUGCUCUUGUAUUGAUUCUUGCUGAUUGGGAAAAGGUCAAUAGAGUUCCCCUUGUUCCUUCUAACCAUGCUCCACUAUCUCUCAUGCAAAUGUACAAUCAUCGAGAAUUUCAACCGCCUCCUGCUCACAUUGGAAUACCACCCAUUCAAGUGGAUCCUAAAACGGGUAUGAGAACUCCUGUUUACCCAUUGCAUCCACCUAUGUUCAGCCCUGAGUUUACUCAUCAAUAUCCAUGGCCUCAUCACUCCAUGUAUUCAUUAUCGCCAGGUUUCUGUGCACCUCCAUUUCCGCCUGUCAAUCAUCAUAUGUCAAACAAGUUUUCACCAAACCUGUCAUCAUCAUCAUCAUCACCCCCAGUCAUUUUACCCAGCCUCACACACCCCCCUUUGGUAACACCAAAGGUAGAGAUGCCUGAUUCUCAGAACAGCGGGCAACUCUCUAAUUUAAUUCACCACAGUCACCAUAGCCAUUCAGUCAGUUCAUUGCCGCAGCAACGCAAUCAAAAUAGCAACAACACACUGUCAUCUAGUGGGAGAUCUAUUUCUGAACGCACACACAAUGAGAAGAAAAAGUCUCACAUCAAGAAACCUCUGAAUGCAUUUAUGCUUUUCAUGAAGGAACAGCGUGCACAAGUUGUGGCCGAAUGUACCCUGAAAGAAAGUGCUGCCAUCAACCAGUUACUCGGGAAAAAGUGGCACAGUCUGUCAAGAGAUGAGCAAUCAAAAUACUAUGAGCUUGCGAAGAAAGAACGACAAGUGCAUAUGCAGAUGUACCCUGGUUGGACGGCGAGGGAUAAUUAUGCUAUCAAUGCAAAGAAAAAGAAACGGAAAAAAGAUAAAUCUCAAGAAACAGAUGCUAACAAUCCCAAAAAGUGCCGAGCAAGAUUUGGAUUGGAUCGUCAGAGUAGUUGGUGCAAACCUUGUCGACGAAAAAAGAAGUGUAUUCGCUACAUUAGUGGAUCAGACAACACUGGUGAAAGCGAAGACAAUAUCGGAAGUGUAGAUAGUUUGGGGAGCUUGGAGGUGCCUACUCCAGAUUCCAGGUUCGGUGAUGAUCACAGUGACAGUGACUCUGGUAAUGGGGAUGUGGACGACGAACUCGAAGUGUCUUCAGAGUUUAGUCUAUCCAGUCCCCCAGUUCCUAGGCCUCUCAGGGACAGCGUGCAAUCUGUCGGAAGUCCAGCCUCGCAGCUUUUUACUGUGCAACACCUAUCAAGGUCCGCAGGGUGUCUGGAAAGUCCAGAGACCCCUCCUUCCACGGACUCCUCCACCACCACGACAGCUCCUUUACAUGCUGUUACAUAGCAUUAACUGUGAUGGUUUUUUUUUAUUGUGUGCAAAUGAAUGAAUGAAUGUUUGUGUGCAGAGCUGGACAUGGCAAUGCUAACGUGACCUCAGACUCCAGGAAGUUUUUGCGAACCAAAUAGUGUUAACGAAAGGUUUUUAUACUAUACUCUGUUGCAAGUUAAGAAAAAACCAUUAUCCCUAUGGAAAGAGCAUCUAAGUGUACGCCAAAUGGAUGCCAAGCUCUCAGCGUGUACAAAUAUCAACAUCACCAACUCUUUAAAAGACGUUUCACAGCUUUUUUUUUCCUUGCUUUCUUAAAUCGUGUGAAAUGCGAAGAACAAAACUUAUUGAAUAAUCAAUUAGCAAGUAAUAAGAAUUAGUAAAAAAAGUUAUCUAAAAAUCGUAACAAAUAUGCGCCUUUCAGUUUGCAUGCAAAGAAACUGAUGGAGAAUAAUAAAUAUUGUUUCUUGUAGAUGAUUUUCUUCUAUAGCGAAACAAAAGUAAAAAUUCUUUGUCACAUUUGAUUUGUUCGAAGCUUGUCAACAUAAGACUGGUCAUUUUUAGUGCGCCAUUCAAAUCCAAUACUGUUGCAACGUCAUGUAGUUGUUUCUUUUUCAGGAACGAAUGUUCUCCUUGUUUAUCGUAAUAUGUCGCCAUGUCUAGAAUUCCAGUAAAUACUACAAAACUAUAAACUUUUUUAAUAAUUCGAUGAUGUAUAUCGGAAAAGUUAGCACUAAUUUAAUUUCAGCCUGAUCUGUUUAGCUUUUAAAAAUUUUAUUACGAAUGUUCUCCGUAUUUAUCGAAAUAUGUUGCCAUGUCUAGAAUUCCAGUAAGACUACGAAAUUAUAACCUUUUUUUAAUAAUUCUAUGAUAUAUAUCAUAAAAGAUAGCACCAAUUAAAUUUUUAUCUGACAUGUUUAACUUUUGAAAGCUUUUAUAUUGUUUUGGAAGUAUAUCUGUAUAAUUUGAUGACGAAAUAAAACGGAACUAUAUGCAGUUGCGGAGGAUUACUUGAAUCUAUCUAUCGCAAUGGUCUUUCCUUAACUUGCAACGAAGUAUCGAGGCGAUUUUUAAAGUGCAUUAAUAUAUUUGUUUUAAGUUAUUAUGUGCAACUUGAAUUUUUAUUGCAAUUGGAACUGUGAUUUAUAAAUCAUAAAAAUGUGUCCAUGCAAGUUGAAAGAAAUUGUUUUGCUCCCGCCUUUUCUGCAAAUGUGGACAUUGGAAAAUGGUUGCAAAAUGAAAAUCUAGAUUGAUGCAAAAUGAAAACUAAGAAUUAUUUAUUCUGCAUUUCAAGUGAAUAUUUUUAGCUGAUAAAAAGAAAUCAGUUGAUAA